AUGUCCAACACCACUCGCGGAAUGUUCUUCGUCUUUCAGCCACGUGUCGGCCCGCCAGUCAAAGAGAUUACCAUCUGGUUCAAUGGCGGACCCGGAUGCAGCUCUCUCGAAGGCUUCUUGCAGGAGAAUGGCCGUAUCCAAUGGUCUUGGGGCCAAUACUCUCCACAGAUCAAUCCUUACUCCUGGGUCAACCUGACGAAUAUGCUCUGGGUCGAGUACCCCGUCGGCGUAGGAUUUUCACCAGGGACACCGACCGCAACAGAUGAAGAGGAGCCAGCUCUUGAGUUCGUCGAGUUCUUCAGAAACUUCCAGACAAUCUUCAAUAUCAGCAACUAUUCGAUCUACGUCACUGGCGAAUCGUAUGCGGGCAGAUAUGUUCCCUACGUCGCCAAUGCUAUGCUCGACCAAAAUGACACCACGCAUUUCAACGUUUCAGGUGCACUCAUGUACGAUCCUUGCAUCGGUUCGUGGCCGACGGCCAAUGCACUUUCCGUAUAUCCAUGGAUCGAGCAGAACAACAACAUAAUGGGGUUCAACAAAUCCUUCCUGACUAAUCUCGCCGAAGCUGACCAGCAAUGCGGCUACGCUCAAUACCGGGAGGAUUUCAUGCACUUCCCACCGAACGGCACCCAGCCUGCCACAUACCUGAAUACAACCGCCGAUCCAGAUUGCGACCUGUGGGACACUGUCUACAACUCUGCCUACGGCGUCAAUCCGUGCUUCAACGUCUACGAACCCAACCUACAGUGUCCGCUACUGUCCGACCCGCUCGGCUUUCCAAGCGACUUGAUAUACUCGUACGCCGGACUCCCACCGUACUUUAACCGCACAGACGUCAAGAAGGCUAUGCACGCUCCGUUGACGACCGACUGGGAGUUGUGUACUGGACCUGUCUUCGUGGGCGAUGGAGGGCCCGAGGACGAAGGAGAUCUAAGUGCCGAUCCACUGCAAGCUGUCUUGCCGCGUGUGAUCGAGGCUACGAAUCGUGUGCUAGUCUCAAAUGGCGACCUCGAUUUGGAAAUCCUCACGAACGGCACUUUACUUGCCAUUCAGAACAUGACUUGGGGCGGGAAACUGGGUUUCCAGACCGAGCCCUCCAAGCAGAUCGUGAUCACCAUUCCAGACAUCCAAUAUGAAGAGGUUUUCGUCUCGAGCGGUUUCGACGGACUUGAUAAUUACCAGGGCGUGAUGGGUGUUCAGCACUACGAACGUGGAUUGAUGUGGGCGGAGACAUAUCUCAGCGGGCACAUGCAGCCUCAAUUCCAGCCGCGAAGCUCUUACCGCCACUUGCAGUGGCUGUUGGGCAGAAUCGAUGCACUUUGA